AUGGCAAAGCGGAUAGGUCUCCCAAUUAAGCAGGAGAAGACUGUUUUACCUACAACUUGCUUAGUAUUUAUGAGGUUAGAGUUUGAUACAGUGUCAAUGGAAAUUAGAUUGCCAUUAGAGAAAUUAGAAAAAUGUCGGAAAAUGGUGAACAUGUUCAUGAUAAGAAAUUGGGCGACACUUAGGGAAUCACAGUCUCUGAUUGGUUUGUUGAAUCAUGCGUGUGCAGUUGUAUUACAAGGGCGCACAUUUUUGCGUAGGAUAAUUGAUCUGGCAAGAGGCAUACAACAACCAAACGAAAAGAGGGGGCUUAAUAAGGAGGCAAAGCUAGACUUAAGGGCUUGGUCGUUUUUCUUGGAUAGUUUUAAUGGGAAAGGCUUGAUUCAAAAGCCCAACCUUGAACAAUCUGUAUCAUUGCAGAUGUAUACAGAUGCAAGUGAUGUGGGGUUUGGAGAUAUGGGAUUUCAAAAGGCUUGCUCCAGAUAUGGAUCAGCAUCCGGCAGAUAUAUCAAUAUUGGUCGAGCCUCACUGACUCAGCUGUCCACGGAUAUUAUUAGACAUUCUUUGUCAAAAAAUAUAUUGGAUAAUUAUGACCGGGCUGUUCAGUGCUAUAUGAAUUUCUUAGCAAUUUAUUUUCCACAAGGAUAUGAUAUCAGUUUAUAUAAAACCCAUAGCUUUGGGAUAGGUGCAGCUAGCACGGCAACAAACAUGGGCAUCUCAGAUGACAAAAUGAAAUCAUGGAUGCAGCUGGUGGUUUGGACCUUGGUAGUGCUCCCUGUGCUUUACAGCCAGGGAACGAACGCCUGUCCUGACCAGUGUAGCUGUACGAAGACGUAUCUCUGUGAUGGAACUUACGUAUAUUGUGACAGUAGAGAACUGACCGGAGUACCGACUGACAUCCCCACGGACACAUGUUAUCUAGACCUGGGGAACAAUAAAAUAACAACGUUGCCAUCUGGAAUAUUUGAUGCCUUGAAAAGUCUACAGGAAUUAUUCCUGCAAGGCAAUAAAAUAACAACGUUACUGACUGGAACCUUUGAUGCAUUGUCGAGUCUUCAGACAUUAGACCUGAAAUGGAAUAAAAUAUCAACGUUACCGAUCGGAAUAUUUGAUGCACUGACGAGUCUGCGGUACUUAGACCUGAGAUGGAAUAAAAUAUCAACGUUACCGAUCGGAAUAUUUGAUGCACUGACGAGUCUACGGUACUUAUUACUGCAAGGCAAUGGAAUAACAACGUUACUGACUGGAACCUUUGAUGCAUUGACGAGUCUUCAGACAUUGUACUUGAGCAACAAUAAACUAACAACGUUACAGACUGGAAUAUUUGAUCAACUGGGGAAUUUACAGACACUAGUCCUGAGUGACAAUAAACUAACAACAUUACAGACUGGCACAUUUGAUCAACUGGUGAAUUUACAGCAACUUGAUGUAGGUGGAAACCCCCUCCAUUGUGAUUGCAAAGUAGUUGCCUUUAUCCACUUUAUGAAAACAAAGCGACUGCAGUUACAUCCCUACUCGUGGAGGACGGAACCUUCCUGUCAAAACCCUCUUAAUUUAAAAGAAACGUUGCUGAAGGACAUUUCACUUCAAGAAGUAGUUUGUGAUUCAGAUUCCACCACUGUCACUACCGUCAUAGAUACAACUGUUCUUGAUUCCACCACUGUCACUACCGGCAUAUCCACAACGGUUAUUGAUUUCAGAUCAGCUUCCACUGAGACAGACACUGCCGUCACGGAAAUUGCAGGAUUUGGCAAGUAUUCAACAUGUACCAAAACAUGUGGACAUUGUAUGAUACACUGUUACUGAUUAAUCAAGUAGCAAUAUGCAGUAUACGUCAUAUACAGUUGAUAUUUACAUUCAACAAUAGCCAAUGUAUUAAUAUUGACGCUGAGAUUAUUGAAAACAUAUAUUUGAAAUUUAAUUUUUGCAUGAUGAAUUCCAAUCCACCAGGUAAACUCCAUGUAUAGAGAUUGUAUUUGUUUCCAAUUUCUAAAUGUCCCAUGCCAUCGGAAGUAAGUUCGUUUCUUUAUCUAUUUCUUGAAAAAUAUCAUGAACUGUCCUACAAAUGCAUGCAUACGUAAUUUCAUAUCGUUAAAAAAAUGUUCCACAGAUGCCGCGAGAGGAAUCUAAUUUGAGACGACCUCGAGUAUGACUUGACACGUAGCGUAGACAAUUAGAAAUUCUAGAACAGUCAACACAGUUUUGACAAAUGUUUAUAUAACAACCUUUGUCUUAUUUGUUGAGUCGGUCAUUAAGGUAUUAUCAACAGAAUGAUUGAAUGACGUGAAAACAAUCAUAAUUUAUUUCCAGGAAGUAGUAUAUCAUCCUCAGUUGAUAAUUCGAAUCAACUGAAUCUUUACUAAAGACUGAUGAAAUGCAAAGUUUUGUUUUUGAGAAGGGGUGCAGAAUCGCAUAUCCUUUACAUUACUGAUUGUUUAAUAAGUAAGAUAUCCACAUAGAAUGCGAAAAGAAAUAUGGUAUCCUUAUAUAUUUCAAAUCAAUGUCCGUAUUGUAACAUAUUAUCCAAUAGCAAAGCACACGGGUGCAUUUUUAAUUCGUGUAUUUAAAGAUAUCGAAAAACGCAUUGUAUUGAAAAUAAAAAGGGAUAAAUGAGAAUUGCCACAAACAAUGUUCAAAUAAAUCCAUGGAAGAUUAAUCGAUGCACUGUUACCUAGACAACGUAAGAGGCAUGCAUCCCUGUCGAUGUAUUCAACAUUGGUAAGUAUUUAUAUCCUAUAAUCAACGCUGGUGAGUACAGGUUUUUGUUUUCCAACAGAAUAAACUAAUAUAGAACAAAAGAACCAGAAGGUGCAUCGCUAUGUACAAGUCAUAUGUUUACCCGGAAUGUACAACAUAUACGUUGAUUUGAUAUUUACAAGUUUUACGUAUCAUUAGUGUCUAAAAGGUAUAAAUGUACUCGGUACGUAUAAUACAUACAUCUGUUUGGUAUUUACAUGUGAUAUAUUUACUUGGUAUGUACACGUUACACGUUUAUUCGGUAUACGCGUAUUGUGUGCGUCCAGAGAGAACGGGAUAAUAAUAAUUAUAAUAACAACAAAAAUCACAAACAUGGAAUAUGGUAAGUAUUCAAUGUUUUAAUCAAUCUUUCUAUCAUCUUAUUUUGACAUUUUAGGAUAUCAGAAAAGUGGACGUGUUUCUCUGUUGCUUCGACAAUGACAUGGUCUGCAUGUAGUCGGGAUUUUGGGAGAACACGAUCGGAUGCUGACAGUUGCUUUGUGUUACCAGGACUUCAGCCAUUUCCUUUGAGGUCGGGAUUUCGCAAGUUCUACGGCCGAUAUGGUAAUCUGGAUUACAGAUUGUCCCGCUUAUAUGAUGGAAACAGAGGGUUUACGGCAGGUGUGGCCGAUCAACAACGAAUGUUGCCUCCUCCUAGACAGCUGAAUCCCCGCCAGUGUUUCUAAUGGUUGGUGUUUGUCCUAUUCUCAAUGCAGUGUUCUAAAUACGAUUUUUGAGAUGUAACACGGCUUAUUAUCUUCAGUAUUCCUAGAGGAACGGAUAAAUACGGGGAUUGUAUCACCAGUAAGAGAAGGAACAAUAUGGCCACUUGAUGCUUCCCAUUCUGUUUAAUGGACAACCCACUACUGACACUUUACUUCAAUUGGCCAUACUGUGAACUAGCAUCCGCUUCGACCGGAGGGAGAGUCAACCUUCGAUGAACUGGGGAUUCACUCUGCGGAAAUACAUUACUCCCAUCUGUUAAACUCUUGUAAUUACAGGGAACAUCCAUAUAGGGUUUUCCAGUCUUCGUGACUACGGAAGGAAUCAGAAGUAUCGAAAUCCCGUAGGAAUUUCAACCAAACCUUGAAUGAAGUGGUUUUGCACGACCUACUUUCUGUAUGGUGAAUUGAAAAUACUCCACGUGUAAAAUGGUACACGAUGACAAAGAUACCCAAGGGAGAUAUUUCAGUCAUAACCAGAUCCACAACGGUUGAAAUCCGCAGAAAUCAACUCUAAGUUGUUGAAGGACUUAUUGAACCACGUUAUCUAGCAGUCCAUGUCUGAAAGUUACGCCGUUCCGGAAUGCACAUCGAGGACGAUAUGCCAAGGGUUGUAUACGGAGUGCCAGUAUGUGACGAUACACGGUACACUGUCCGUCAUUGAGAAGAUAAAGAUAACACACGUGUUCUAAUAUGGUAUGGUAAUCUGACGAGAAACUGACGUUCUGUUUGAAUAUAAUUUAUAUUUAGACAUGGCGGAUUUGAAAUAAAUGGUUUAAACUUUCAUUUGUUAACUUUCAACAACGUUUCAUUAUCUACUUUUAAAUUUUGAAUGUUUAUUUGUGAUUUCCUAAAAUACAUUGACUAUAUCCAAUAUUUAGAAAAGAAACUUGGAGUAGUAGGCUAAUACAAAACUCCAACAACUGUGUACACUUGACAACUUUUAAUCACCAUGGAGAUAUGGCUGAAAUAUCUUUAACGCGAUGUAAAACACCAUGAUGGCAGUGGACUGAUUUCGAAAAGAGACAAUCUAAAUAAAUCUGUUACAUAAAAAAUGCCCUCAAACGUUCUUAAACUUAUCUAUUUUCAAACUUAUCUUCACGGUGAUAAUCACAUACGGGAAGGAUUAAACUGUUAUCAUAUACAGGGGGCAUUAUGUAGUUUCACAUGUUUCAUUUUUGAAUCUUUGAAAGUGGAUGGCUACAUGUUUGUCAUAAUAAGCAUUUAUUGUAUAGAGACAGCGCAUUUUAUUUAUUUUCUAUUGGGUUGUUAAAUGACGCAUUUGAAAGACAUGUCUAAUUUUCUACCAUUUCUUUAUAUGAGCAUUAUAUAUGUUCCUGGUUAGCUAUGUCAUCUUGUUGUAUGGAUGCAAUGUCACAGUAAAAUGUUUCCUUUUUUAAAAUUAAGCAUAAGUCUUUUUAAACUCUGAUACAAAUUAUGAUGGAAUUCAUGAUAGGUGGGAUCAGGAGCUUAGGCAGAAUACCACAAGCCCCUCUUCACCGGGUACACCUAAUGUGAGUCAUAUAUUUUGACCAGGAAAACAUAAGUAACCUGUAGUUAAAAUCACUAUGUAAAGAAUUACCUAAUAAUUGAUGUGCAGCACGUCAGAUUCUGCCAUUGCGGAAAUAUUAUCUUACAUUUCAACUUAUACAUCCCAGAAUGCAACAGAAAACCACGCAUUACCCAAUUUCAGAUUGGCUAAGAGACCUGCAGGUUGCUUAAUCAGUUCAAUAAACCUAAGAGAAAAACAUGUAUCAUCAAACUAAAUUAUUUCAAUGAUUGAUUAAAUAGUGUUUAUCGUCCCUCUCGAGAAUAUUUCACUGAUAAAGAGAAGUCACCAUUGCCGGUGAAGGGCUACAAAAUUUAGGCCUAUGCUCGGCGCUUAUGACCUUUGAGCAGGGAGGGAUCUUUAUCGUGCCACACCUGCUGUGACACGGGACCUCGGUUUUUGCGGUCUUAUCCGAAGGACCGCCCCAUUUACUCGCCUUCUACGAUAAACAAUUUCCAUGUUGAUCCUACCCAAAUACUCUAUGAUAAAUUAAAACCACUAUGCACCGUAUACGAUAUAUUUGUGCAUUUUAAAGUUAUACUAUACAUAUGGCGAUAUAUUGCAUUAUACAAGCGCUUACUGGCAGUGCAACUAGCUAAAAUCACAAAAGUUUACAGACCGUGAAAAUAUAAUUUGCUGUGAAGUUUCUUUAUAUCGAUAUUUGAAAUAAUUUUCCAAACGAAAAGCAGAAAAUGAAGAGAAUAAAACAAUAUCUAUCAAAUAUACAUAGACACAAACAAAAUAAAAUAUAUUCGAUUCAACUUGAAUUCAGGAUGAUCAACGUUCGUUAUUUUCACCUUUCAUGUGUUACGAGAUUGAUCUCUAUUCGUUUUCUCCACCUUGUUUUCAAACGUUCGAAAGUUUCAAAAACAGUUUUCCCCAUCGACUACGUACCUCGAAUCGCUUGAUUCGACUCUGAUUUAGUGUUUUGUCAGUGUGAUACGAUAGCUUUGGUUAAUCGGUUUUCAUAACGGUCUAUUAUUUAUCUGUGAAUCCAUCAUUAUUAGGAGCUUACUUGCACAUUUGAUGCAUAUACAUGUACAUUAUUUAAUAAGUGGGGAAGUGAACAGAUCACCUAAAUUCUUACAGCGUUUAUAUGACACAAUGGGUAAUUCAGGGAGAAUUACUUUGUACUGUUAAUUCUCUAUAAGGAGAUACCACUAUUUUGAUGAUAUCUGUUAUUUUUUGGAGUCAAGGCUUGCAUUCGAUUACAAAAAAAACAAGAAAGUGGGAUAUUUGUGUUUUGAUAGCAGUUUGCACCGUCUGCACUGUGUCUCUGUUUGACAUUUUGUCCAUGUUAAUUUCAUUUUAGGACAACCUGUUUUUGAGAUCAGUUUAAUUUGAAAAAAUUUCGUUACGUGCAAUAGUUUGACUUUUUUUUUUUCUUAAAUAUCGAAUAGUAUCACUCUAAAUGAAUCCUUUAAAACAUAGGAUUGUGAGCACCCUUGUGAUCCAAAGAUUGGAAAAUAUUUAUGAGUUUAAUGCAUACUUUGAUCAUUAUUAUUGAAUUAGUUUCCUUUGUAUGUAAUUUUAUCUAAGAUAUGCAUACUUUACUUUGAAAUUACGUGUGUGAAUUUCAAUAAUGGAUGAUGAGUAUUGGCUUUAGCGAAAAGAUUAAUGAUCACAGUCUCAUGAAUGAUAAUUAACCCAUCCUCACUUUUUUGUUUAGAAUUUUGUUGAUGGGUUGAUGCAUGCAGAGGUUGGAUCAGGUGCUUAGGAAAUGUAAACAUCACGUGUCGACCGGUUACACCCGCUGUGAGCCCCGCAUGUCUUGAUCAGGCAAACGGAGUAAUCCGUAGUCAAAAUCAAUGUGUUAAGAACAGCCUAACAAUAAUCAAUUUACUAUUGGGUAUUGAAAAUUGUGAAACAAUAUGCUUUCUUAUCAGUCAUCGUGCUUACAAUAAAUGGAUACAAACUAUAAUCCUGGUCUUUCUGUUCAUCAGUUGUCUUAGCUUUGUUCACGGUCUUACAAGUGCUGGCAUCGACUGUUAACGUCCUUGGAUAUGUGAUUUGUAAUAGUAGGACAUGUUCUUUGUGUUGUGGGAUCGAUAAAGUUUCAUGGCAACUACUGGUUUGUCAAAGUUGCGAAUAAAGGAUGCGUUGAAUUUAUUUCUUGAAACUUCUUGAAACUUGUGUGGAAAUUCUCAGUUUAAUACCCCCCAAAAACUUGAAAAUGUAGCUAUCCACCCAAAUCAUGACGUGGAAUUCUAAUUAAAUCAAACGAUUGAAUAAAUCUAAAUGAACGUAUUUCUACGAUUCCAUAAAAAAUAUCGAUCACUAGAAUUUGAGGUAACCCUACGUUGGUUUGUAUAUCUGUAUAUAUCUCUGAAUACCCAACGCAGAUUGUAUUCCUUUUAUAUUUGUUUGUACAUAUUAUCUUUAAACAAAGUUUUAAGUCAUCAUUAAUUGGCAUACAAUCGGAAUACAACAUUCGUCGCGAAUAGAUGGAUAAGUUCCGCGUACUACAGUGUAAGUACAUACAUCCGGAGAUUUUGAUGAUUCUACUAUCAGCCAAUGUAGCCUAUUCUGAUCUAUUAACACGAUAAAGUCAAUGGCUGAGAGUGCAUUUCCGUCUGUUACAAUUGUAAAAUAACAGUCAGUUCAACAUUUGAUAUGUUACUUUCUAUUUGAUGAUAUUCUCAGAUAAAGAAUUUAAAUGCAAUUUACAUGUUUAAUGGGUUGACUUUCUUAUGUUAUUUGCUAAAUAGAAUGAGCAAAAAUAGGCAAAACUUACUUUAAUUCCUAAAAAGAAACAGUGACGAGAUAAUCAAUUCUACACUGUAGAGACAUAUACCGUACCACGUUCCUGAGUUCGUGUGUAUAUCAAUCAAUAUAAAUAUAUGUAUAUAUCUGUCUAUUUACAUUAAUCCUCGCUACCUUAUUCUAGAAAUUAAAUAGAAUCACCUGGAUACUACAAUAGUUUAUUUGAUAUUUGUAACAUUUCUUGUUUGAUAAAGUGUUACCAAAAUGCACAAAGGCUAAGCCCGUUCUGGGUCCGAACUCUGUGAUACCAUUACUGUAGAAAGGGGUCUAACUCUUACCCAGAUAAAGAAAACUACCCACUCGCUUCAAUUGCCUAAACAACCAGAAACUAGGUGCGAUAUGCGAAAUUUGUCGGUCUCCUUGCAUAGAAUAAUGUUAUAACUAACUAUAUGUCCCAGCAACAUGUUCUUGAAAUAACAGAGAUAUUCGUCAUAGCUCUCUAGAUUCCACCUGUUUGUUGUUAGUAGGACAGUUUCCGGUUCAGGUCAACUGGUUGUAUUUUGCCUAUGACAGCAGCGGAAUUCAGACUAAUGUGGAAGAUUUUGGUCCUAUCAAUUAAAAUUUCAUACCAAAUAUACGUUAGUUACUUCCUCAUAUAUGUACUUUAAUAAUGUUUCUAUAUUCGUUCUAUCUUGGUUGUUUCUUUUAGAAAAGAUCAACUCCUGAUUCUAUCUGCUACUAAAGACCUGAAAUACCUGAAACUUGAAAGAAGGUGAAAAUGGGUAAAACUGAUCUAAAUGAAAUAAAAUAGACAAAAAAUAUUAAGAAAGCCAAAAAAUAAUGUUCAAUCUAUUUCUCUAGGUCCAAUGUCACAAGAAAAAUGUUUUGAUCAAUUGUAAGGUUUUUAAGAUUAAGUAUACAGUGUCUUUCAUUAAAAUGGCAGUUGAUGCUGCUGAGGAGAAAUUGAGUCGUGUAACGUCUACACGAAGAGCAUUAUGAACGUAUGAGGAAGUAAGCAGCGGACAUCUGAUGUGAAAUUUUAAUCGAUACGUCCGAAAUCUCUGUAAAAUGAACAUGUUUAUCAAUGACAUAAGGCCUCGUGUAUUGCAAGUUUUAAAUCUUAGAGAAAAUUGGAGUCUAAAUAUUUAUGCAAUUUAAUCAUUAUCGUCAAAAAAGCGAAUGUAUUUCAAUACACUGUCCUUUUUAUAUUGUCAAGUCACACCUCAUUGACAGGAGAGCUAUUGAGUUGUCACAUGAAAAAAACCCAGCAAAUAUCUUUGAAACUAAAAUGAUUUCCUUCACGAAUAGACGAAAAUCAUAUACCUUGUAUUCUUAUUUCAUUAACAAGCCCUAUGGAAAAUGACUCAUGCGUUACAUUAAAUUUGGAAUUUCAGAACUAUAGAUAUCUGUGUCCGGGUUCUUGUUUGCCCUACUCUGGUUUUGUAUUAUUUAUAGGAAUGAAAUUGAUCACUAUUCCUUGAUCUUCACGUUUGAUGAAUCCAUUCCGAUCUUUCCAAAUGUGGAGUUAAGAGAUUGUUUAAAUAUUGGCAAGGUUGAAAUCCAGCAUCUUUGCAUAUUUUUUAUAGGAAGUCCAGAGUAUUUUACGUAGAAUCAGAGUAGUGUGUAACAAAUUAACGGGUUUUUUUUAUGACUGAUCACAAGAUAUGUAUGUUCCUGUGCUCUAUUUCAAUUCAGAAAGCAACUGACAAGGGUUUGAAAAGUCCUCUAUAACGUCAGCAUUUCGUACAUUCUAUCAUAUUUACUUAGUGAUUUAAUUCGCAAAUAGGAACUAUCACUGGGUCCAAUAAUAUCUGACGUGUUUCGUACCAUAUGUUAGGUCUUUCUUUACACAUUUAUUUCAACUACUGAUUACGCCGUUUACCUAAUCAAGACAAAAGGACCAGGACGGAUGUGGCCGGUGAACAGGGAAUGCUUACUCAUUCUUGGCACUUGAUCCAACCUCUGUUUUGUCAAGGGGUCCUUGUUUACCCUAUCCUUGAUUUUGUAAUCUUUUAAAAUUAUGAGAUUAAUCACUGUUCAUCUUCUUCACCUUUCAUCCACAAGUCAAUUGAAAUGAAGACAUGGCACAGAUACACUGAUCCUUUGGGAAUCCGGGUUAGAAUGGUCAUUACUACCCCUUGCUUGUCGUAAGAGGUGAUUAAAUGAGAGGGUUCUUCGGAUGAGACCGCAAAAACAGAGGCCCGGUGUCACAACAGAUGUGUCACGAUAUAUAUUCCUCCCUGCUCAAAGGCCAUAAGCGCCGAACGUAGGUCUAAAUUUUGGAGGCCUUCACCGGCAAUGGUGACGUUUCCAUAUCAGUGAAAAAUUCUCUCAAGGGACGUUAAACAAUUUACAAUAUGUUUAGAAUUUCAAUAGCGGAAGUGUCGUGGGGUCAUUUUGAAAUGUUUACAUAUCAAUGACCUAUGAGAUUUAAGUGUAUUAUUAUCACGUGUUCGAUUGCGAAUCCCGGGGUUGUGUUGUCACUUUCUAGCACACGCACGCUCUUCUUGAGCAAGUCUCGUUUUUUUAUGUUAGUUAUAUUUGAAUUAAAACAGCAAUUUCUUUUGUUGUUGUUGUUGUAAAAAUGAGGGUCCGCCAUUUAUUUUGUUUACCUCGCAUUAUAUUGCCGCGGACACACAGGUUUCCAUAGUUUUUCACAAACGUUGUGAUUUUUAUCUAUGGUUUUUCCUGGGCGGCGAGGGAAGCAUAUUUUUGAUAUCUUGAAAAUAUAAGUAUUACAAGUUUGUGUUUUGUCAAACAAUGUCUAUGAUUGCUUUGUAUUACGUGUUGUUUGUGGUGUAUAUGUACUCAAAAUAAAUAUCAUCUCGCACGAUGCAUUGUAUUAUAAAAUUGAUGUUUCACUGGUUUGUUUGUUUACUUAUAAAUGUUUACAUAACACAAA